AUGGAACUGGCUGACAUGAUUGAAGCACGCAGCAAGGAUGGCAAGGACUAUGGAGUGAUCCUGCUUCCAGAAGGCCUUAUUGAGUUUAUUCCUGAGUUUAACUCACUGAUUUCAGAAAUCAACGACAAGCUGGCACAGCCUGAGAUUCAACCCACAGAGGAGGCCAUUCUUAGUGUCCUAUCCAAAGACAACGCAGAGUGCUUCAGGUAUUUGCCUGGCUUCAUCCGCGCACAGCUUCUCCUUGACCGGGACCCUCAUGGAAAUGUGCAGGUAGCCAAGAUUGAGACAGAGAAGCUACUGGCUGCCACAGUUCAGAAUGAGCUGCAGAACCGCAGAGCAAAUGGGUACAAGGGCAAUUUCUCGCCUCAAUUCCACGCCUUUGGCUAUGAAGGUCGAGCGGGCCUGCCCACGGUCUUCGAUUCAGCAUAUUGCUACGCAUUGGGAUACACAGCAUCCUCAUUACUGGUCAAUGGCUGUACUGGCCUGAUUGCUAGCGUCAAGAACUUGCUGGCCCCUUGCAAGGAUUGGCAGUGUGGCGGCGUUCCAGUGACUUCCUUGUGUGUCAUCGAACGGCGCAAGGGCAAGGACAAACCAGUGAUCCGAAAAGCCCUGGUGGAGCUCACUGGCAGCUUGUCUCAGCCAUUUGAGUUCUACAAGAAGAUUCGGAGCAGUCUUCGAAUCACCGACAUGUGA